GUUGCACUCUGCUGCUUCAUGAGACGUACGGGAGGAGCGGCGGUGCCGAGCGGGACCUUUCUCCUCGUUACGCUCUGCUGGCCGACGACAGCAUCGUCCAGGCCGUCCCUGAACAUCCCAAGAGGGAACACGUCUUCUGUCUGAGCAACUCGUAUGGAGACGUUUACCUGUUCCAGGCCACCAACCAGACGGAGCUGGAGAACUGGGUGACCUCCAUCCACUCUGCCAGCGCCUCCCUGCUUGCAAGGCGACAGGGGAAGGAGGACACGCUGCGUCUCCUGCGCUGCCGGAGCCGCUCGCUGCUGCACAAGAUCGACAUGGACGGAAAGAUGAAGAAGAUGGCGGAGCUGCAGCUGUCUGUCAUCAAGGAGCAGAAGAACAGGAAGGCCGUGGAGAGCCAGAUCAAGCAGUGGGAGCAGAACCUGGAAAAACUGAACCUGGAUCUGUUCAGACUCAGGUGUUACCUCUCCAGUCUGCAGGGCGACGAGCUCCCAAACCCAAAGAGCCUCCUCGCAAUCGCCAGCCGGCCCUCCAAGAGCAUGCUGGGACGCCUUGGAGUUUUCUCUGUGUCCUCAUUCCACGCCCUGGUGUGCAGCAGAGAUGAGGUGACGUUACGACGGCGUUGUCAGUCUCUGUCGGGGGGACACAGCCGGUGGAAGGGGCUGCCGUCCUCUCUGAAGGCUCUGGAUGGGCUGAACAGAAGCAGCAGUCUCUCAACGUCCCAGAGACUGGACCGUGAGUACAAACAUGUGGGGGUGGUGCCCCCUGCAGGACGUGCUGCAGCUGUACAGAUGUAUGAGGACGGUUCCGUCCUCGGCAGCUUCUCGCUGCACAUCUGUCGAAGCGACGCUGGACGAGACUUUGGCUUUGUGGUCACGGGACACGUGGACGGCGCCGGGAAAAGUCACGUGCACGUCAGCGAGGUCGAUCCGCUGGGACUCUCUGCCAGAGAAGGCCUCAGGGCAGGAGACGAGGUGCUGGCGGUGAACGGGGCAUCCGUGUCCGGGCUGGACCUGGACCUGAUGGAGAGUCUCUUCAGUCACCAGAAGCUUCAGCUGCUGCUGAGGAGAGACGAGUCACCUGAGGGGGAACCCGCCGCCCUGUGGCCUGAACCCGGUGAACCUGCAGGCCCCUGGGAGCCUGCGGCCCCUGACCUCCACACCUGGACCUCAGAUGUUUUGUCUCCAGGUGCCGUCCUGCCUCCCGUGUUUGACGACGCUGACCUGACAGGACAGAACAUGGAGCGGGUCUAUUCUCUGUACCAGACCUUCCCAGAAGGCCGAGCUGCAGACACCGAUGUUCCCAAGAACCCCUACAGCAGAGAGGUCAUUCAGCAGCCGACAAGCCCCGCCCACCUGAGCGUGUGUCAGCAUCUGCGUAAAGUCAUCCAGGAGCUGGUCGACACCGAGAAGUCCUACGUCAAGGAUCUGGGCCGUCUGUUUGACAUCUACCUGACGCCGCUGCAGAUGGAGACUUUCCUCAGCAGAGCAGAGAUGGAGGCGCUGUUCGGCAGUCUGCCGCAGAUGUUGGACUUUCAGAGAGUUUUCCUUCAGACUCUGGAGGAGAAAAUCGCUUCGUGUCCGAACCUGAGUCACCUGGAAACACCUGAACAGUUCAAGAAACUCCUCUUCUCGUUGGGAGGAUCUUUUCUUUAUUACGCCGACCACUUCAAACUCUACAGCGGCUUCUGUGCCAAUCACAUCAAAGUGCAGAAGGUCCUGGAACGAG